AGUAAUCGAUUCUGACCGCGUCGUACAAUUGACCACAGUAGAAUGUGAAGGAAGUUGCUUGCAUCGUCAUAAACAACAUUUUUGGAUAAAGGUUUGGGAAUAAUGGGCCCCAUGGUAAACUGCCUCAGCUGUCAUGUCCUCCAGCAAAUGUGUGUCAACAUCCACCUGUGAUGGUGAUGCUGCAACUGUCAUGGCAACCCUGGCUUCUGAGCAGGCUCUGUUGGCCUCGGACCGCUACGCAAAGCUCAUCCUGGCCCAGUUGAACAAAAUGAGGCUCCGCACAGACUUCUGUGAUGUGCGGCUGAGAGUCGGCGGCCGCGUCUUCAAAGUCCACAGGCUGGUGCUCGCUGCCAGCAGCCCAUACUUUUCUGCGCUUUUCUCCGGGGGGAUGAGCGAGGCAGAUAAAGAGGAGGUGGAGAUUCUGGGAGUUGAUACUGAAGUCUUUGAGGUUCUGCUGGACUUUGUUUAUACAGGGACAAUCAAUGUGACAGUCGAGAAUGUUCAAGAACUGAUGUUGGCAGCAGAUAUGCUGCAGUUGAACGAGGUGGUCUCCAUCUGUGGUGAGUUUCUCAAGGGCCACGUGGAUCCAUCCAAUUGUGUGGGCAUCUUUCAGUUCCUGGAACAGAUCGCCUGCAUGGAAUUGCUGGAGUUUUCCGAGAACUAUAUCCACGUUCACUUCCUUGAGGUUUGUAUUGGUGACGAGUUCAGGGGCCUCUCAAAGGAUCAGAUUGUAAAGCUUCUAAGAAGUGAAGAGCUGAGAAUUGAGGAUGAGUACCAGGUGUUCACUGCAGCCAUGGAGUGGGUUCUCCAAGAUGUGGCUAAGAGAAAAAAACAUGUGGUUGAGGUGUUGGAACCAGUGCGCUUCCCUUUACUUUCCCCACAGAGGCUGUUCAAGUACAUAGAGGGUAUGACUGACUUCAGCCUAAGGGUGGCACUGCAGACCCUUUUGAAGGAGUACAUUGAAGUCACAAAGUCUCCCAAAGACAAGAUGCACAGUCAACUACACCAAAUCAAGAUGAGACCGAGAAGAAAAGCCAGGAAAUACGUUUAUGCCAUAGGAGGCUACACUCGGUUACAGGGUGGCCGGUGGAGUGACAGCAGGGCGUUGAGUUGUGUGGAGCGCUUUGACACCUUCAACCAGUACUGGACCACGGUGUCAUCUCUGCAUCAGGCUCGUAGCGGUUUGGGGGUAGCAGUGCUAGCGGGCAUGAUCUAUGUGGUGGGAGGAGAGAAAGACUCAAUGAUUUUUGACUGCACAGAGAGGUACGACCCAGUGACUAAACAGUGGGCUGCUGUGGCUUCUCUGAAUUCCCCUCGCUGUGGAGUCGGCGUCUGCUCCUGCCAUGGCGCGCUAUAUGCGCUCGGUGGAUGGAUUGGCUCUGAGAUCGGGAGGACAAUGGAACGUUACGACCCGGAGGAGAACAAGUGGGAGGUCAUCGGCGACAUGGCAGUCCCCCGCUAUUAUUUUGGUUGCUGCGAGCUACAAGGUUUUAUUUACGCGAUUGGAGGAAUCAGCGAUGAAGGCACGGAGCUAUGCUCGGCAGAGGUAUACGAUCCCAUCACCCGUCGAUGGAGCGCUUUGCCUGUUAUGCUGACACGUCGAGCAUAUGUGGGAGUGGCCUGCCUCAACAACUGUAUUUACGCAGUGGGGGGUCGGAACGAGGCUGUGGGUGCUUUGGAGACGGUGGAAAAAUACUGUCCAGAGCAGGAGAAGUGGUUGGAAGUGGCCCCGAUGUCCACGGCGCGUGCGGGGGCCUCAGUUUCAGCAGUUAACGGGCUGUUGUAUGCUGUCGGUGGAAGGGCCGCCAGCAGAACCUUCUCGGCGCCAGUGACGAUCGACUCUGUGGAGAUCUAUGACCCCCACCUGGACACCUGGACGGAAGUUGGCAACAUGAUCACCAGCCGUUGUGAUGGCGGGUUGGCUGUACUCUGAACACCUGGAGAAUUCCACUUUAGGCUCAGUAGGAACCCGCAUGAAAGGAAAAGAUGCACCUUAAGAUUAUACCUGUGCCACAUCUCUAGAUAUUAUUUAUUUAUACAUGUAAUUGGUGUUAUUUCCUUAUGUUACUGUUGAUGUGAUGGAAAAGUGCUGUUUCUGCCCAAAUUGCCUAUGUCUAUUCUCAGUCCCACCAAUAAUUUUAGAUUGAAGAUUAGAAGAGUAGAUUACUUAUCAACUCUUUUUCAUCACAUGUUGAUUUUGAGAGGCUUUUUGUUUAUUUUUGCGCUUGCUUGAGAGUCCUGAGAGAACUGUGCAUUGUUCUGGGAUUAGAUAUGAAAUGACCGCAUAUCUUUUGUUUCACUUUCUUCAAAUUUGUCAAUGGAAAGUUAUCAAACCAUUUGAGUCUCUUUUAAAUAAUGAAAUAGAAUGACACUUACAGAUCUUUGUGAUACCUGAAAGAAAUGUUUUUUAAACUAAAAAGUUGCCAAGCC